AUGUAUUCAAUAAAACCGUAUAGAAAUGUAAAUAUAACGGAACAACAGACCAAACCCAACGAAACUACUAAUAAGAGUGAAACGGGAAGUCAUAUCAAACUAUUCGACCGCAAGGAUUGUCCCCGACGUUUGGCAAUCAUCCUAUUCUCGACACUCCUGUCCGCCUAUACACUCAUAGAGUUCACUUUAUUUGAUUUCGGGGCCACUUUUCUACAGUACACUCAACUCAGACUGUCGGCCAAAACAGCGGCCGAAAUCAUGUCCUCCGUAUCCCUGGCCUUCACAAUAGGCCGGGCGGUCAGUGUGUUCAUAGCCAUCAAACUCAAACCCCAGCACAUGAUUGUCACACACUUUGCUAUAAUCUACCUGUCAUUAACUAUUCUGAGUCUAUGGGGUGAGCACAGCCUACCCGUCAUGUGGACGGCCUGCGUUUGCCUGGGCCUCGGUUUGUCUGCCCUUUUCCCUGCGAUGUUCGCCUAUUUUCAACAGUAUAUCCGCAUCACGAACCCAAUGGGCACUUGUGUGGCACUAAUGGCAGGUGAGUGUUGUAAAGUGGUUUUGGCCGUAAUAUUCCCGCCGUUCGGCGUAUGCGCUGAGACGGGCUGUGGCUGUGAUCUACUCAUUAAUAUACUGCUCACAUGUCUGGGUUGGCUGCCCGGUGUCAUCCAUGCCAUGUACAUCAUAUUCGGCAGAGAGAACCGGGAUCAUCACCACUACCAUGGCACACACGCUUAG